UCAAAAAUCACAUCAUACGUCAUUCUAAACAUCAAACACCGAAUCCAAAUUCAUGCAAAAUGUACUAAAAACACACAGAAAAAAGGUACUCCAAAAAAUGCUGAACUUCUCCAACAUAUAAACCACGGUAUACAGAAAAAUUUACAUUGCUUCGGAUACAUAUAAUGGGUAAACCACCUUACAAGUACACGGACUCAGAAACUGAUGACUCUUGUUCUUCCACGGAAGAUAAGAAGAAAAAAAAGUUUUCUAUCCUCAAAUACACGAACGGAAACGUGAAGAAGAAGAAAUGUAAGAUCCACAGCAAGUCGGAGCCUGAAGAUUCAGAUCACCCCAUCAGGAGUCGCAGCAGCCAGAGAGUGAGAUACAAGCUGCCAGGCAUACUGAAGAACUCCACCUAUGAGAGAGACUAUUAUAUAGACUCUGCAUCCGUAUCUCCAGCAUCUGAAGACGAGGAAAGUGAGCCGGUGAAGCCGCGGCGUCAGGAUAGGUGCCUGGUGGGGCGGGUGCCCCGGCCUGCGGGGGCGAAGCCCGGCAGGGGCGGAGGCGUCGCCAUCAUUGUUAAGAAGAAUGUCAGUGAUCAUUGCAGGUUUACGAAGAUCGUCAGAGCUCGGCGACUGGCUCCAAAGGGAAAAAGUCCUCACACCGGAAGGUGCUAUCGAAGAAGCGAUCUUAUUGAUUCAAUUCAGUAGAAGAUUUGGUCAUUUUUAUUUGGUACCGAGCUAGCGAGCGUACGGGCUGAAGCCACGCUCUGCGAAUCUUCACCGGUGGUACAUAAAUUGGUGCAGUUUCAAUUUUUCUACUAGUAUGUCCAGUUCUGAAAACUAUAAACACUAUGUUUUUUUGGAUUCAUUUUGUU